CCAGCGCAUCAAUCCCGCCACAAAACUCCUAUCCUCGAACCGAGACGGAGUGCUCUGGCUUCAGAAGGUCUCCACCCGAGAGUAUGGCGGUUGAGGAUGCUGGACGAUACAGAAGAAUAGCUAUUCUGGAAUGCAGCAGCGUCCCUAACGAUUUCCAAAUGACGCUCGGAGGUGACGCGUGAUGCCUUGCAUGCUCGCUCUGACGGGGCGCAACGCGCUUUUAUAACCUAAAAUGCAUGCAAAUACGUGUUAAACGAUUCAUUCUCUAAGCAGCUGUCGGGUUCUGGGUAUUCGAGGUAGCUAGAGAUGCCAUGAAGUCCGCGCAUUGGCUCUUUGUGCGCCUUUGUUAUUUGUCUCUAUGGUGAGUGUUGCAAUACAGCCAGCCAUGGCUCCGCGUCUGCUCGACUUCUGCGAUAUUCAAAGCAAGUUUCCCGUCGCGUCUGAUCGGUUUGGACACUGUUAGCUGGCUCCAUUACGCGCGUCACGUCGCAAUGCGCGAGUACAAGGUGGUGGUGCUGGGCAGCGGAGGGGUCGGGAAAUCCGCGCUCACGGUCCAGUUCGUGACCGGGACCUUCAUCGAGAAGUACGACCCGACCAUCGAAGACUUCUACCGCAAGGAGAUCGAGGUGGACUCGUCGCCGUCGGUGCUGGAGAUCCUGGACACGGCGGGGACGGAGCAGUUCGCGUCCAUGCGGGAUCUCUACAUCAAGAACGGCCAGGGCUUCAUCCUGGUCUACAGCCUGGUCAACCAGCAGAGCUUCCAAGAUAUAAAGCCCAUGAGAGACCAGAUCAUCAGGGUGAAGAGGUACGAGCGUGUGCCCGUGAUACUCGUGGGAAACAAGGUGGACCUGGACAACGAGCGUGAGGUUUCGUCGAGCGAGGGUCAAGCUCUAGCUGAAGAAUGGGGCUGCCCGUUCAUGGAGACGUCGGCCAAGAGCAAAACCAUGGUGGACGAACUGUUCUCUGAGAUAGUCAGACAGAUGGACUACGCCUCUCAGCCGGAUAAAGAAGACCCGUGCUGCUCCUCCUGCAAUAUACAAUAACCCCUCACAAUCACACCAGGUUCUGAGAGCGUUUCAACAUAGAGAUCAUCACUCAAGUGGUGUUCAUACACGUCAUGCCCACGUGAACGGCGUCUACACACUAGAGAAUGCUGCAGAUGCAUUGGGUUGAAUGGGAAUGAUGCAUUGCAAGGACAUACACAGCCAACAGGGAAGGUUUCCUCAACGUUAUGAACAAACGUUCUUCCAGUAACAUAAACAGAAUGUUCGUUCAAAGUUUAAAAGUGUUCUCAGAAUGUUUGCACAAAAACAUUAUUUACACAUCAUUCAUGGGAUGUUUAUUUCUACAAUGUUAUUUUUAAAUGCCACCAUUUGUUUUAGAAUGUUAGAGAGCAUGUAAUAGUAACGUUCCUCUAAUGUUUGCAAAAUGGAAUGUUCGCGUAACCAUGAAAGAAUAGUUUUAAAGCAUGAAAAAAUAAGAAUGUUUUGAAUCUUCAGAGAUCAUUGAGAAAACGUGUAAUGGAAACUUUAGUGAAACAUUCUAAAACUUUUUUUGUUAGCUGCCAGUUUCUUCUUUGUUAUGCGAAUGUUACAGAUAUUGAGAAAUAAUGAAUAUUCAGAAUAUUCCAAAAAUUAUGUUUUCACAAUGUGAUGGGAAAGAACAUAUUUGUGUUAGCUGCCCAUUUGUUCUUGGUUAUGCGAAUGUAACAGAAAACAUUAAAUGAAUGUUUAAUUUGAUCAUUUUACAAACUUUGUUUAACUAACUUUCGGAAAUAACUUUUCCAAAAAAUGUUUACAAAACAUUCUUGGAAAUUUUUUGUUAGCUGCCCACUUUUUCUGGCUUAUGCGAACAUUACAGAAAACAUUAAGGGAAAGUUCCAUUUUUAUCAUUUUGGGAACAAUAUUUUUAAAUGUUCUCUGAACGUUCUGAAAACGCAAAAGGUUAUAUUUAAAAAUGUAUCAAAAUGUUCCAUGAGCCAUGUAUCAAUAACGAUUUUGUGAUUGUUAUUAUAGGCCAAGCAAAUUUAAAUGAACAUUCUAUUAAUGUUACUGGAAAGAACAUUUAUUCAACUUUGAGAGAACCUUACUGAGGGUUUGCGAAAGGGAUUUCUAGCAUCCGUUCAGCUCCUGGAAUCUCGAGUGAGGCGAAAUCCAGUUCACUGUUUUCCCGCUUAUGACCCGACGUUUCCCUCCACGACGGAUCGUAAAAAGUGCAAAGCUUCGUCUAGUGUGUAAAUGCUUUAAUUCAACACAAUUAUGAUUAAUAAAUUAACAAGAAACUGUAAAAAAGGUCAAAGGGGUUAAAAAUGCACCAAACUUGAGUCUUUCUUUUCCCCGCAUGUUUUCAUUCUAAGUUUGACGCUGUUCGAGACUCAAUCGCGUUGAUUUUGCCGUUUAGUUUGCACAUAUAGAACCUGAUGUCUUAAACUGCCAUUACUUUAUUAAAGAGCCAGAAUGAGCUAGAUUUGUUCUUCCAAACGUCAGCGAAAAUGGGACUCUCAGACGUCACGGUUUAAAAUGUUCAUGAGGGGAUCGAUUAGUGCGCGGGUGUCCCAUGCAGCGAUGAGGCGCUUUACUUUGAGGGACAUUUUCUUUGAGGAAGCCAAAUAGGAUGCUGAGAAGCACUUUUAUUUUGUAAUCUCGUGUCUGUUUUGAUUCAUGAAACUGCUGGGAAUAUUCAGCUGAUUAUGUUGUGGUUUCUAAUUAGCACUUCUAUAUAAAAUGUUGCAAUUAUGUAUUUUGUAAUAAUGUAGUAAAACAAUCAUGGGAUUCGCUUUAGAAUAGCUUUGAAUUGGGCGGGAAAAGUAUUUGUCAUGAAACGCUAUCGGCACUUUCCACAAAAAGAGUCCAGGUGCCCUGUUACUUUUAUUUGAAGCAAUAAAGACGUAAAUAGUAAACUGUUAAAUUAACCUAGCAAUCAAAGUAGAUAGUUUUUAAAAUGUCUGGAAGAACCCUUGAAAAUUAUGUUUUAUUAUAUUUUUAUUUUAUAUAUUUUUCUAUAUUCAUAUUAAAUCUGUUGAAUUACUAUUUAAAAUUAUUCAUUAUUUUUUAUUAAUAAAUAUUAUUUUAAAAUAUUUAAAUUAAUAAAAUAAACAAUUUAAAGCAAUUUAUAAAGCAAAUAUUUUAUUUUAUUUGAAUUAAUUAAUUUAAUUUCAAUUAUUAAAUAUAAAUUUUUCAAUUUACAUUUCAUCAUUUUUAUUAUAGUUGUUAAAUAACUAAAAUACACCUAAAUUAUAAUAUUUAAAAUAAUCUUGAGUUUGACCUCCCGAGGUGGAGAAAACAUGAUUCUUCAACAUUUCAAACUCUUAUUUUGUACUCUAUUUGUGGAAAGUGCCUUUAAUCUUGAAGCCUUUACUAGAUGUGAUUAUUAAUUUAACUAUAGGCCUACUUUGGAACAGGAAUAAUAAUAAUAAUGCAGUCAAACACAUGAAUGUUGUACAGAAACACAUGGAGGAAAAUCAAAUAUAGUUUGUACGGGGCACUUUCAAUCGAAGCGUCCCUUGAUUCAUCUGCUUGAGCAAAAAUGACAAGAAAUAAUAAUAAGCAAAAUCAUUUCAUCAUACCUUUCUCAGGAGAGUUCCAGGCUACCAAAUCUGUUAUUAAAGUUUAUGAGUCAUUUUAUUCCUGUUUAUUUAAUCAUAGAGUACAAGAUAAUAAUGUUUCUUUAUCUAUAUUGUCAUUUUAGUAUUAUGGUCAUCUGUGGUUCACGAAUCCAGAAAUGUACAAAGGGGUAAAAAAAAAAAAAUGUUACAAAAAUGAUUCAAGAUGGGUAGUUUAUAUAAAAGAUGCCAAACUUACAGUAUGUUGAUUUAGCGGUCAUAUGCAUGGCUAAAACAUCCUCGUUUGUGAAUAUUACAGCAGAUGAGACUGAACAAGAGGAAUAGACACACACACAAAAAUACACGAUCACUCAAGGAUCCUCCAGACGAUCAUUCAUGGGUGAAUUUGCCUUGCCAUGCGAACUAAGGGUUUGCCUUUUUAACUUUCAUCAUUGAUCUUAUAUUUUUUUAAGUGAACAUUUACCCUCUUCCACAUGGUAAAUGGAUUGUGAAUGUGGGUUCAUUCAGCACUACAAUAAAGACAUCUUAUUCACA